AUGGUUUAUGAAGCUAGUUUCCCUGAAGGGGAGCUGAAAGUGAAGUUGCCUGCACGAAAGUCAACAACCCUUUUAAAGUUUCAGGAGGGCUGUGGCGGUGUCUUAGUGAGGGGACAGUGCACCUCCUGCCGCAGCCUGAGAGCAAUCAGCCCGAUUGGCCACGCUCCUUCAAACCACUACUUUCCCCCGAAAAAGGGACGAGAGCCUCAGCCUGCCGGUACCUGCCCUCCGCCCCCAACAGGCGAGAAGCAGCCGCGUCCACAUGGCUUCAGGUGUUCACAUGGCAGUAAACGGGCCCCUGCCCUCCCGGGCGUUCUCCUCCGCGGCCGCUGGGCGCAGUACGCCGUCCGCCCAGUACCAUCUUGGCCCGCGCCUCAGGGCCGUCUUGGGGGUGGCCGCGAGCCAACUUUCUGGGGAGUUGGUGGCCCGGAAUCUCUCUGGGAUUUCUGGAGUUCCCUGGAGCCUCCAAUGCCAGAAUUGCGCCUCUCGCGGCCCGGGAAGCCCGCGGGCAAGGGCCCGGCCUCCUCUCGGCCUCAAGACUUAAAAGACCAGUACCUGGCUUCUCCUGGGGUCAGGGCUGUAAAGGGAAAGGUGGAAGAGGCGCUCAGCACAGGGCUGUGUUUUCUGGACAAAAAUAGGAGAAUGCAGGGGAGCUUCCUGAAGACUGGUGUUGGGGGCACCCUCAAUUUCUGGAGAGAAUUCAUGAAGAAAGCCCCCUCCCUGCCCUUUCAGACCCUGCCAGAACAUUGCCCUGAUGACCUCCACCUGGAAACUUCUCCAGUCCUAGGACCAGGCCAGCUGGGCCUCUUUAUCCCUGAAAGCCUGCCGCUUUCUCUUUUGGAUUCCACUACCAUCUGUCAGCGUGGAUUGAUUGAGGAGACUGGCCCUGCUCGGCAGAUCAGUGACUUGCGCAAAGUGAGCCGGGGUGCCUUCAGAGCAGGCGGAUGUCCUUCCUCACUUGCCAGCUCUGGUGAGCAGACACACAGCCCUCACCUUUAUCCUUCACCAAGCUCCAGCUCUCCUUCCUCUUGGGAGGGGCCGCCUGCUAACUCAAUCACACCAAGAGGGAGGCCUGGAAUUCCUGCUCACAAGCUCAGGGCUGCAUCUGCAGUCUUCCAGGAGGCAACCUACAAAAGCCUCUGGCUAACAGAGCGGGAAACUCCCCACAGCCUCCUGCUGUGCCUGUCCCCAAGCCACGCACUGUCCCCUUGCAAAGCACAAGGAUACUGA